UGGAGAAGUGCCAUUGGGGCUCGCCGACGUCGAACUGAAAUCUGCAUUCUACGAGACGAAGGCCAUUGCAGAAGCCAGAUGUGCAAGACUGUACACUUAUUCCCAAGUAGAAGAUACAGGAGGGUUGAGACCAGUUAUCAGCUGCAGCAAAGUCGGAAAGGCUGGAGGGUCUUGAAGAUCGAGAAGCAGUCCAGCGUGGAACGUGGUAAAGAAGGAGAGCACAGCAGACACGGAGAGAUCGAGACAGAUUAUAAAUGGAAGGAAAGUCUCCGAUGCUCGAAGGAGUGUCGUUUCAUGUUAGUGAGUAGCACCGUAGCAGGACCGCAGAUGAUAUGAAUAAGACCUUGCUGUUGCCACUCGUCUCUCCGCACCUGUUCGUUCUUGACUGACGAACCCGGUCCCUUUCACACCCUAUAAACCCAAGAAGUAAUCUACAACUCGCAUAUUUGACAACGAUGGCACCCAAGGGGUCGAUGGCUUCUCUGUUCCAUCCCAAGAAACCCAAGAAAGAUGCGAAAGGGUCUGCCCCCGCAUCUCCAUCUGCGCAACCUCCUAGGAAAACUCCUAUCACCCGGCAGCACACUGCGCCCCCGAAGGAGGAGGACGAGGAGCUCCAGUUGCCGGACACGCCGUUCCAGGAAUUCAAACUCAUGUCGUCCUCGCUGAAUGGAUGGAAAUACGACGUGAUGAAAUUCGACUCGCGCAAGCCCGUCGAGCUGACGCGAUGGCAACUCCCAAUCAAACUCAAUAGGAAGGAGAUGCGGUCGGAGGAGGGUACGAGUGUGCAAGUGCCUGUGGGUCCUAUGUUAGGGCUGGACGGGAAGCCGGUGAUUGGAGUGGACGGGCAGAUCGUCAUGGUGGAUGCCGAGGGGAAAAUGAUACAACCGGAGGGCAAGGACAAGGACAAGGAUAAGGAUGCCCCGCCCGCGAAGAAGAAGUUUCAGAAGAAGACGAAGCAGGUUUUCAAGGUUGAUGACGAGACGAGACGGCUGAGGAGAGAGGAGCGAUACCCCUGGGUGAUAGAGGAUGCGACGGGUGCUGAGACAUGGUAUGCGCAGCUGGAGGAUACAACCAAGGCUACAACGCACGCCUUCUUCAUGCCCGCCGCGAAUGAUAUAUUCAAAUUCGUGCCGGCACAUCGAUGGUACAAGUUCCAGAAGAAAUUGAAACAUGAAUUUCCAACAGAUUCGCAGGGCAUGGAAGCUGCGUUCACAAAUCGACAAAAGCGUGACCCUCAGCAAUGGCUAGCGAAGCGGAACGGGAAAGGACCGUCCGAUGAGACGGUAGCCAUGUUCAAGGCUGAAUCGGAAGGACGAGCUUUGGCUGGCAGCAGCACUAUGGUGCAUAGCGCAUCACACAGCUUGGGUCCGAAUGGACGAAAACUGAAAACUGUGGAUAGUGGUAUGAAUGGACUGUUCGGUGACGACGAUGAGGAUGGAAGCGCGAAGCGGCGACUAGAGAAGGAAUAUGGAGGCGAAGGAGAUCUCGAUGAAAUGGUCUACGAAGAGGAAUUCGCCGACGACGACGAGAAGAUCGAGGCUGAAGCGGAAGAUGACGAGGUUAAAGAGCUUGAGGAACGAUUGAAACGGGAAUACAAGAACGCCAACAAGACAAGGGAGGGCAAUGUCGAUGAAUCGGACGACGAAGAGAUGCCUGGAAUGACAAAACAGGCCAAGGCAAUGCAGAAGUUGAUUCGAAAUCGGGAAGGCAACGAUGCAUACGAUAGUGACGAGGAAAAGAACCCGUACGCAAGCUCAGAAGAGGAAGAGGAGGAGGAAGAAUUGCCGACACAGCCAGUUAUCAUACAGCCACCAGUUCCACCUGGGGCCGCCGGGCAACCACCAGGAGCAGAGACUGCGGCGGGGCCAGCGUCUCCUACGUCUGAUGUCAGAGCGACUUCGCCUCUGCCAUCGCCUGGGCUUGGAGGACAUUCUGUGGUUGCAAAACGAGCGACGAGUCCCAAUGUGGGCAAUAAGUUGAAGACCAAUGGCAGUCGGGCCGGGAGUCGGGCCGGGAGCCCAUUGGCCAGCCGGGCCACGAGUCCAUUAGCUACUGGCGGCAGUCGAGCGGGCAGUCCAGUCGCCACUGCGAAUGGGGCCGCUAUCAAGAAGCGCAAAGCAACGGAGGAUGCUGGAUCACCGUCGCCGACGUCGCCGACAGCCCCGAAUGCACCGACGAAGAAGAAGCGCAGGGUCAACGCAGGUGCGGGCGAGCUCGAGGACAAGAUGGUGAUCGAAUGGCUGAAGAAUACCCCCAACGCAACAACUCGAGACUGCAUCCAAUAUUUCCAGCCGUAUUUCUUGGCCGAGGGAAACAAAGCCAAGUUUACGGCCCUGAUCAAAGAGGUUGCCAGCCUCAAGAACGGGGUUUUGAUUCUGAAGCCGGAGUACAGUGGCUGAUAGUCGAUUACUUGGGCGUCAAUUACUUGUGAUAUGGUGGUAUGUACGCUAAACGUAUCGAGAGAUCACAUGAGAUAUUCGUAAUAGUCGUGUCUCGUGAGUGUGAAUAAACAGACAUGAGGAGUAAGCACGGAUAGCAAAAAAAUAAAUGAAUCAUCACGUCAGGCUGGGCCAUUUCAGCCGCAAGCCUUCGAGCCAUCGCAUGUAUAGUAGCUCAGCAAUAGGAGAUUUCUUGGCUGCAGGCUCUUCUGCGUCGGUCGGAUCCGCGCUCGAUGGAAGGCCAGUCACAUCCUCCUGCACUUCGGUCACAACCAAUCCUUUCGCAGUCAUCUCGCUCUUGCGGAUAAUUCGUCUGUGAGGGAACAGGCCUCGAGCCGUUUGUACAUGUUGUCGGACAGCAGUG